ACGACUACAUCAACCGCGUUGUCAUAACGCUCCGCUUAACGGUCUACGAGGGUACGUAGACAACACUCUCCCCUCUCGUUGCAAUGCAUCACCAUGAUCUUGCGUGUGCAUAGGAUUUUUUUUUGAAAUUACUACGUUUCCCACACAAAUAUUUGACACAACUCUAACAAAUCAUAAUGCCAAAACGAGUCGUGCGUAUGCUUGAAUUUGCAUGCAGGCCUUUAACUCGCAAGGUAGGAAUCAACGGUGUUCAACAAUUUGAUAUGCCCUCCAUUUUUAUAUACAAGGUCACUUCUUAUUUAUUUUUAUGUCUACAUUUGAUCAUUAAUUUUGUCAACAAAAUGUGAGUUAUAUGCCAGAAAAAGCAUAUCACUGGAUGCACAUUUCAAAGAACUUUCCAAUGACAUAUUUUUAAUGACAUAUACACAUAUUUUGUUGACCAAAAUUAUAAGUCGAAAUUUAACAUGAAAACCGAAAUAGUCUUGCAUAAAAAAAUAGAGGGAGUAUAAGUCGAAAUUCAUAAUGAAAUUCAUCUUGUGUCACGUGGGUGACAAGAUUGUCGUGGCGUUAGAAUUGCGUGGGUGACAAGAUUAGUACUGGUGUGAGAAUGACUAGUUUGGUGGAACGGUUUACCCAAGUUGUGUGUGUGGUUGUCGUCGAAAUCAUUAAUUAGAGGAUACCCCUUAAAAAAUUCGAUCUCACCUUCACUUGCGAUGACAAGUGGUGCAGCGUAUAUGUAACACUUCUAAUAACGUGGAAGUUUUGUGUUUUAUGUUCGUCCGUCCGUUUUUUUAAUGUUUUAUCUCUUGAACCGUGCAUCUAAAUUAUAAACUAUUUUUAUUGUUGCGUUUCUCGCAUCAAUAUCUUCAAAAUUAGAUCCCAUGCUAGUAGGUUUGACGGUUUUUUUUUUGUGAAAUAGAAAAAAAAGGAAAACCUGUAAUGGGAAAAAGUCGGAAAUAAAAAAAAUUUGAAACAAAAAAAAUCAGAAGCAAACAACGAAAACCCGAAAAAUGGAAAUAGGAAGCACAUCCGUGCUUUUCAUUUUUUUGGAAGAACACGUGUGCCUUUAUUUUGGGAAGCAGAUCUAAAGAUGAAAUAAGCUUCUCCCCGCCUAGUCCCUGUUUCGAUGAUGCAUCUAACGUUGUUGAAGGGCAUGCAAAAGUGUCGGCGGAUAUCAGGGUUUGGUCGGUUCUGAUCUUCGAUAGAUCUGUUUGGAUCCAUUCUUUGUUCGUCUUUGUUCUUGUGUCUACAGGUUAGAUUCUCUCGAUCUAUACUUCUUCAUCAGCGACGUUUGUUGUUCUGUUGCACUAGUUCGUGUGUCUAUGAACAUAGAUGUAUUUUUUGUUAUUUCUAUGUUCUUUGCACUGCCAUGCCAUAGGAAGUUUUCUAGGAAAAUAAGACAGGUUAAUGAGAUUUUUUUUCUUUGGAAAAAUUCGAGGAAAACUGGAAAACCUACAUGGACCAGCCGCCAGUUUUUUUUGGACCAGCGCGGUCAGCUGCCCGUCGGCCCAGCCCAACCCGCCCUACCGCUCUCUCUUCCUUCCAUCAUCUCUCUCCCGAUUCCACCCCUAAAAAAAAGAGAGAAAGCUACAGGGGUCGAGUUGGAUGGCGCCUUCCACAUCCGAUCGAGAGCACAACGGUGAGGCGAGCAGCAGCGGGGCGGGCUCAAAAUCGAAGGAGAAGGAGCGGCCAAGGUCCUUUGACGAGAAGACCCGUACUGCGUGCUGGCGGAAGGCGGCGGUGCUGGCAGGGCGACACCCAGAGCGGUGGCGGCAGGACGCCGCUGGCAACGUGGUGUGUCGCCGCUUCUGGAGCUGCCACGGCUGCCUCUGCUAUGAAUACGACCACAUCAUUCCCUUCUCCAAAGGAGGGGAGUCUACUGUUGAGAAUUGCCAGAUCCUUCAGACUAGGGUGAACCGUUCCAAGUCUGAUAAAGCAUGGGUGGAGAAGGCAGAGAUGCAAGGCUUUUCCUGCGAUAUCAAGUUCACAGACAAGGAGCUUGAUGUAAUCGAGAUGGCAGUCUAUGGGGAUGUCAUUCGUCCUGGCAAACAAUGUCGCUGCAAGACAGUAGCUGAGAUGCUUGGACAGGUGAAAUCAAAGAAUCAACUGGCUGCUUGCGACUUACCAACAUAAUGAUGCCUCCUAAUAUGAAGACCAUUUAGACCCAUGCCCUUCUUUCGGGAAGGGCAAUCAUUGUCAAACUGCUGAUUACAUUAUAUUAUUGAUCUCCAUUAAAUUGGUAUCAUUGUCUUCAGCACAAAAGCACACCUAUAGAGCAAUCUAAGCUCAUAAGUGCAAUUAUAUUGUGCUUAUCACUUGUCAGUGAUGCCUGUCAGAAUCUUGGAAUGUGACAAUGAACAUAUUUGACUGUAGAAUUAUUAACUUGAUAACACCACUUAUCAAGAGUUGUUUCAAGGUAUUGUGUUUGUAGUAAUC